GCUGUCUUGUUUGUCGCCCUUCCUUAUCAUCAUCCCCCCCCAGCAGAGUUCUCAAGUCGGUUCUCGAACCCCAAAGUCCAUAACCACACAUCACCAAGAUUAUGGCCUCAUUCUCAGAAUGGAUCGGAGCCGCCUGGCAGCACGUCCGAAAGAACCCCUCCACAGUUCUAAAAACCAUCAUCUGUGGUCCACUUAAGAUAGUAGAACUAGUAAGCCUUCCCCCUCCCCUAUCCCACUCCCAGCCCUGCUAACAAUCCAGGUCAAAACAGCAAGGCCCGGCCUGAGUGCCGCCAGCAAGGGCUCCCGCGCCCUCAUCCCACUAACCUUAACAAUCUCCGCCUUCUGUGUACUAGCCGCGGAGAACAAGAUAGAGGAGCUGGCAAACCAGGUAUGCUCCCUAGCGCUCGGCUCGGCCGGUGCCGCGAUCGGUGGCGCGAUCGGUGGACUCGGUGGCCCCAUCGGCAUGGUCAUUGGCGCGAUUGUGGGAGGGAUAGCAGGCGGGGUACUGGGAGAGUAUGGGUGGGGGGAGUUCAGGAAGUGGCUAUUCACCGAGGGGGAGGAUGGAGUCAGGCCCAUCGAUAAGAUUGCGGAUAAGCUGAAGGCCGCGACGGAUAAACUCAGGAUCUUGACGGAGGUUUCGUCCAUAAUUAUUCAUGGGCAUAAGGCCGUGUUUGGGGCGCUUUUGAAGAAUUGGCGGGGGAUGGGGGGUUUGGGAGAGGGUUCGGGGUAA